ACUCAUCACCCCAACCGACUCAGUCCUGUCGCCCAUGACCUCCAACUCAGCCGACUGCCUCACACCUAGCGACUCCUGGACGAGCGGGGAAGGAGGGGUUGGUGGAGGCGGGUGGCGAGCUCUGGGAAAUGAAACGCCACAUCGAGACUCCGCCUAUUUCUCAGACAGCGACGUGGAGGGGGAGGGGAUGAACAGGAGGACCAGUGAUGGACUUUUUACUUCCAGGCCGAGCAGCGGUCGAGGAGGCGAUCGCGGAACACUGACUGGAAUUGAGGAAAAGACCGAGGAGGAGGCAGAGAUAGGAGAAAAGAGCCCAUUGAGAAACAGCAUACAUCUGUCAGAUGGCAAAGGGGAAUUUGGAGAAACAAUUGAACUGUGUGAGGAAACGAGGACUCCAUGUCAACCUGCUACGGGAAAUGCCGUCUUCAAUUUCGGUGCUGACAGAAAUAUUCUAAACAAAGGGCUGGAGUCAACACAGAGAGACGAUUUUGGCAUUUUCCAAAACGAAAGUAAAAAGUCAACACUGCUGUGUGACGAUCCUCAGGCUAAGGACUGUGUUGACUUAAUUGAUGAAUUGUUCUCAAAAUUAAACGACGAGCCAGUGAAAGGGCCGCACAGCUGUGGGUAUCCAAAGGACAACAGCUUCCAAGAAGGCAUCAUCUCUCUAAUAACAGAUUGCACACACCAGGACUCUGCAGAGAACAGUUUAAACCUACAAUCCAACAGCAUUGCUGAGACAAAUAAUUUGAUUGAAUCCGAAUCUGGCAGCCGGUCAAACGAUUGUGUGCUGAGGGCCAGCAAUAAACAAUACACAAGUGUUGCAGACGCAGGUGUUGAUCUCUCUGCACUGGAAUCACUCAAACCCGGAAAUGACACUGUGGAAUAUGUAACCCCAUCCCAGGUUGACAAAAGAGAAUCAAGAUUAUCGAAACUCUACGGCAUUCACACCGGCGAGUCCCCUCUCGGCGAUGACACCCCGUCAGCAGUCGAGCCGGGUGACGAUGACAAGCCUGUCUAUGAUGAAUCGAGCGGUUCGACCUGUCCUUCUUGGGCCGAGGAGGGUGCUGAAGAGCCCGAGGGGGGUGAGGAGAGGCCUGGUCUCGACCACAACGAGCUGGGCCUGAGGAACCUCCGCUGUUCAGACGGCGGCGAGCACAAGAAGGUCACGACAGAGACGGAGAAACAGCUGGUCGCCGCGGAGCUGAGUAACGCCCUGAAGGAGAAGUCGCCCUCGAGAGGAGCGGCCGGUCGGGUGCACUCCGCUAACAGUGCAGAAAAGGACUCAUGCGAGGGACUGGAUGUGAAGACCAAGGAGCUAUGGAGCGCUCUGGAGGAGGAUGAAGAAAAGGCCGCUUCCGGCGUCGUCAGCGGAGAGUUUGACUGCCACCGUUUUUCCCAGUCAAGCGACUUGCGUUUGUGGCCCAAUGAAAACGACCAGUGGGCCUCUCCGGAGAGGAGACGCCAGGACGCCGAACUGAGAGCGGAACUGUUCUCCGGGUUCACUGAUAAGGCGUGGGAGGUGGGGGAGAGGCUCGUUGUGGGUCAGGAGUUUUGGGAGACUGAAGAAAACGAUGAACUCGCAGGAAGCGAACCGCACCCUGCCAUCUUGGAGGGCUGCGAGGAAACCUGGAACGAUGAAACGCAAGGACUUGCUGGUAAACUUGCCGUUAAGGAAGCAUGGGAAUCUGCCGGCGACAAUGAGCGACAAGCUCUCAAUUUGUCGGAUGUGCAACAGGAGGAAAAUAUUGAGGACGUAGGGGAAAUCGGCACAUUUAGCAAAGAUCUAAAAAGAGAAACUUCCGAAAUUGAGGUAGAGAAUGUAGAAAUUCCAGAGAGUGAGACCUCCGAAAAAGCAGAGAAGGAGAUUUUGUCAGACGCAGACACAGUGCGGGACGGGGAAGAUCCGCCAGACUCCAUCGGAACAGAGGAAAAUCUCAAUUUCAACAGAUGGCCUCAGAAUCACCUACAAAAAGAAGGACAGACCUCAGCUGAGCUUGUUGACAACGAGACGGGCUCUAAUUUAGAGAACUGCUUGAGUCACACUAUGGAUAACUCAAAUAUAACCAUUUGCAUCACCGAAGCUCCAGAUGACAACUUUUCAGACCUGGAAAAUGUUGAAUCAGGCGCAGAUUCAGAGGCUGAAACGAGGCCGUGGUUUGCUAGGCAACAUGUAGAAGAGACGGUAAGCAUUAUGAAUGAAGAAGAUGAUUACAGAGACAUGCCUUCUCCACCCAAUCCCCUCUCUUGUCCAAGUGACCUUGAUGUGCAGGACGAGCUUGAUCAGUCAUAUCCAAAGGUAGACAAUUUCAGCUCAGUAGAUUUCCCCAGUCCUCCAACAAGCAUAGACCUUGAUGUGCAAUAUGAUAAAUUAGAGAGUUUAGACGACUCGUUUCCUAGUCCACCACCGUCUGUUAUAGAGGCAGAGGAAUUUAUUAGUCACAUAAAUCUAGAAGACUUUAUUGCUAGCCCUGAGACAGAGCCGUGUAUUUCCCCGACUCGUGUCGCCAAUGUUUCAGAGCCGACUCUGCAAGAAUCCCCACCUGCUAUAACUCAGAGUAAAGGGAUCUCCGCCAAUCUGAACCGUCCCUCUGUGCACAUAACCCCGGCUGAUGAGAGCAACUCUGCAUCCGUCAUAACAGGGCAGGAUGAACAUAAUAAUCUGUUGCAGGAGACAUCAUCUGCCUCCCCAUCGUCGCCCCAAGUUCCCCUCAGCAAUCUCCCAGAAUUACUGAUUUCCGAGUGGAAAGAUUUGGACGAAGAGCCCCUGGAGGAUUUUGAAAAACUGGAACAACUGUGUUGCAUAUCUGGAGACGAGGAAGACUUUAUUGAUGAUCAUUUUUUGGGAAACCUAGAGCUGCUGGAGUCUUUGAAGAAAACACCCGAGCUGAAGGGCAGCAGUCUUGGUGAUAGCCGCGCAGGUGAUGGAACAUGCGCCCCCCAAACUCCAGAGGGGAGCGCGGUCGAUGAUCGGACCUCCGAUAACUCUGACAAACUGAUCCUGGACUCUGAAGAGGAGAAGAAUGACAGGCAGGGUUCGUUGGAAUCGAGUCAAACAUCUGAUGUCAAGGAUCAGGGCUCUCUCUGUAAGAUGACGACAAAGAAUGGCCUCAUGAUGCAGGUGUGUGAGGAGAGGCUUCAGUUCUCCCUCAGUGAAAAUGUGAAAACAAACGUGCUGUGGGGGUCGACUGUUAAAGACACAGGGAAGCUGAGGCCCUGGGGGGAACCAAUCAAAGAGAGCGGCAGUGAGCUCGUCACUGUCUUAGAACAAAAAGAGGAUGAAAGCCAAGAGGAUGAUGAAAGUUUCCCCGGCACUCAACCGCCCGCCGAUGCUGAUGAAACUAAAGCCGAGCCGCUCACUGUGAUUGAACAACCUGAGGUCACAACCCCUCAGCCGACUGCAAACCAGGCGAUGAAAGCAAAACUAGCUCGUCUGUCUCUCGCCCUCCCUCCACUCGCUCUGACUCUUCCCCUCGUCCCCGCUGGUAAAGGAGGUUUUGGGGACGGUGCGAUUGGAAAUCGGAUCGGAAGGCGGAGAUGCAUGUCCGCAGGGAGCGACCCUGACGACGAGGAGGAGGACGAACAGGAGGACGAAAGCUCCAAGAGGAUGAUUGUUGUCACGGAAACAGAUGUGGACAAGCGUGUCGGCCUGAGGAGCCUCCUGAAAUCCCCCAAAGAGCCGUUGGACCGAGAGAGGGACAGAGGAAGAAAUGUGUCCUUUUUUGAUGAUGUCACAAUCUAUCUUUUUGAUCAGGAAACUCCGACCAGUGAGUUGAGCAGUUCGGCCCCCACAAGUCCAGCUCCAGUGUCCGUCAAGAGCACCAAGCUGGAUUUGCGUAGGCCCAGCAUCAAGAGCAAAGAAUUGAAGAGGAAAGAGGAUUUAUCACUCAAACCAAGGUCGCCUGCGGGGGCCAAAUCAGUGACAUCAUCGCGCUUCACUGUCAGCCCUGCCAACGACCCCCACUUGGUGUGAUGUUUCAUUGGGUGGGAAACUUUUAGAGCUGAACCCUCUUGGACUGGCCAGUGAAUUAACCACAACAACCAGCCAUUCACCCAGAGGCUAUUUUUUUAUUGAAGAGGCAAUUUGAAGAAUGGAUCCCGUUCUAAAAGCUGGACACAUUCCAGGUUUUACCAGCGACAGGAUUUUGUAUGACAGUGGUUGUUGUGCUCCUGCCUGCCACUAUUUACAGAGUUUAUUCAUAGCCUUCAGCUACAAAAGUCUUUGGAAGAGGCAGCAUAUGCUAGAAGAGGAGCUCGGAGCUUUGUUGACAGCUAUGCAGUUGGAGUCUUGCUGUGUACCAGCUAACCUUCUCUUUUUCUUCUUCAUUUUGUUGUAUUAUUCCCCAGAUGUGCGGGGAAUGCCCUUUCUUUGGUCAUUGAUCUAACUAUGUAAACACUUACAGUUACAGUCCUCUCUUUAUUAAAGAAGUUUUUCAUUGCAGUCAGUCAGUUGUUCUUGUAGGCAGCCGUUUGGAACAGAAAUCGCUUGACACCUGUAUUUGAGAAUCCUCAUUUGCAUUUGUACAAAUGUCAUUAUACACGUGAAACCGAUAUCAUUUUAGAGCUGUUUACUUUUAGAUGUAUCUUUAGACUGCACGGAAAAUGAAAACAGCUAUGCUUCUUCAUACUUUUAAAAAUAUUUUUCUUAUGUUAUUAAUUUAUAUUCUUGACAUGUGUUAUAUUGUUUAAAUUAUUUCUGUAAAGCGAGUCUUUAUGCAAUAUUUUAUUUAUUUAUUAAUCUGUUUAUUUAUUUUCUUUCAGCAAUUAGCAUAUAUUAACUUAGCUAUUAUUUGUUUGGGACUGAAUGCAUCUAGUAUCUUAUACCUUCUCUAAGAUCUUCAUAACAAAUAAAUCUAAAUAUUUUCCCAAACGUGUUAAUUGCUAAAAAAGAAUUUUGUAUAAUUUUACUUGUUAAUAUAUGCCAAUCCAUA